AUGUGUCAUCUGCGGUUCAUGGGCUUCCGGGGCACGAUUCUCACAUACGCAAAAGAAACCAUUUUCGAUGCAAAGACAAACACGGCGCACGGCUUGGGCAUCGAGUCGGAGAAAAACGCGAAAUCCAAAUAUUGUGCGACAAUCGAGUCAUGGAGAAAAGGCGCCUUGGACACUGUUGAACUUCUCGGAGAUGGGGACCAACUUGCCUUGAAACUUACAGGAGCUGGAUCCCGUGUCACGGAAGCCUUUGCAGCAAGACAGCUGCCUCCACAGCAGAUGAUGGACGCUCUCAAAGAAAUCAGCCAAAGGUGCAAGGACCGCGGCAUUCGACUCUUACUAGACGCUGAGUCGCAACAUUUCCAAUGGGGCAUUUUCCUUGCUGGCUUGGAGCUUAUGCGCAAGUUUAACCGUGACGGCUACGCUACAAUUUACAAUACCUACCAAGCAUACUUGAAGAGCACCCCGGAUACUCUGGCUAGACAUCUGGAUAUGGCAAAUCAAGAGGGCUUCACACAUGGUUUGAAGUUAGUCAGGGGCGCAUACAUCAGCUCGGACGAGAGAUCAUUGAUUCACGAUACCAAGAGUGACACUGACAACGCCUUCGAUAGUAUUGCACAAGGCGCUCUCAAAUGCCAUGUUGGCGCAUACGGUGCCCCAGAUGGGAAGCCCUUCCCGUCGCUCAACCUCUUUCUCGCCAGCCAUAACAAGCACAGCGUUGUGACAGCGCACAAAUUGCAUCAUCAGAGACGCAAGGAUGGGCUGCCGACUGUACCAGUCGGCUUUGCGCAGCUGCAGGGCAUGUCGGAUGAGGUUAGCUUCUCGCUGCUGCAGCUGAAGGAUGAGGAACAAAGUCAGGAUGCCUCGCCGCAGGUGUGGAAGUGCUCGACAUGGGGGACCAUGGGCGAGUGUGUGGCGUAUCUUUUGCGGAGAGCGGUGGAGAAUCGCGAUGCGGUGUCAAGAACAGUGGACGAGUACUCGGCUCUGAAAGCGGAAGCGGGUAGGAGACUAAGGUCUAGAGUCUUUGGGUCUCGUCAGCCUGUAGCUUCAAGAUAA